GCGAGCCUGGCCACUGCCUCCUCCCCCUCCUUUUCCCGGGGGCAAAGGGCAGCAGGCAGUCUAGGUCUGGACAAACGUGUGGACUUCUGCCAUGGCCGGGUCCGGGUUUGAGUCGCUGGAGCGGUGCUUGGAAAAACAUCUGCCACUCGCAGAACUGCAGGAGGUCAAACGCGUUCUCUAUGGCAAAGAGACCAGGAAGCUUGACCUGCCCAGCGCGGCUCUCGAGGCCGCCUCCCGAGGGGACUUCGAGCUGCAGGGCUACGCAUUCGAGGCCGCCGCGGAGCAGCAGAGGAGGCCGCGGACCGUGCGUGUGGGGCUCGUUCAGAACAGAACCCCGCUCCCCGCGGACACCGCCGUGGUGAAGCAGGUCACCGCCCUGCACAGACGCAUGGAGGCCGUCGUGGAGGUGGCUGCCAUGUGUGGAGUCAACAUCAUCUGCUUCCAGGAGGCGUGGACGAUGCCCUUUGCUUUCUGUACGAGAGAGAAGCUUCCGUGGACGGAAUUUGCCGAGUCAGUGGAGGACGGGCCCACCACCAAGUUCUGUCAGGAGCUGGCGAGGAAGCAUGGCAUGGUGGUGGUGUCCCCCAUCCUGGAGCGAGACUCGGCCCACGGGGAUGUCUUGUGGAACACGGCUGUGGUCAUCUCCAGCUCCGGAGCGGUCCUGGGCAAGACGAGGAAGAACCACAUCCCCAGAGUGGGCGACUUCAACGAGUCCACAUACUACAUGGAGGGAAACCUGGGCCACCCCGUGUUCCAGACGCAGUUCGGGCGGAUCGCCGUUAAUAUCUGCUACGGGCGGCACCACCCCCUCAACUGGCUGAUGUACAGCCUCAACGGCGCUGAGAUCAUCUUCAACCCCUCCGCCACCAUCGGAGCGCUCAGGUCCCUCAGUGAGUCCCUGUGGCCCCUCGAGGCCAGGAAUGCAGCCAUCGCCAAUCACUGCUUCACCUGCGCCAUCAACCGCGUGGGCCAGGAGCACUUCCCAAACGAGUUCACCUCUGGGGAUGGCAAGAAAGCUCACCGGGACUUCGGCUACUUUUACGGCUCGAGCUACGUGGCGGCCCCGGAUGGCAGUCGCACCCCUGGGCUCUCCCGCACCCGGGACGGGGUUCUGGUCGCCGAGCUGGACCUCAACCUCUGCCGGCAGGUGAACGACAUCUGGGGCUUCAAGAUGACCGGCAGAUACGAGAUGUACGCUCGGGAACUUGCGGAAGCUGUCAAACCCGACUACACCCCCAAGAUUGUGAAAGAGUAGCCGCCGGCCCUCGGCCCCCGCCCGCAGCAGGUCGGCCAGGGCGCCAGG